UCGUGACUUUUGCAGAAUAAAUACAGUUUUUCGUCUAUGCGUUCUGACGGACAUUUCUUUUACGUAUCGAAGAAAAAAACUAACAAUGGCAUGGAACCCCGUCUGUGUUGUGUUUUGUGCGCUGUCAGUCUUCAGCAUAAGUACAGCGUUAAAACCACGCCCACCGUCUGUGUCGUCGCUGACUAGCCAGGACUUUUUUAACGAUUAUAUCGCAGCUGAAUGUGUUGUGACGGGAUAUCCACUUCCAAGUAUCACCUGGGUAAAAGAUGGCGAAGUUCUGGACAUUACUGAAAGGAUCGCGUUAAAACAGGGGCAUAUCAACAUCACAAGGGUCACGGUGGCGGAUGAAGGAACGUACUAUUGUGUGGCUACUAACACUUACGGAGUUUCCCGAUCUUCCGCGAAAACUCUGACUAAGUCAGACUUGUUCAGAUUUCCGACGGAAAUGCCGGAGAAUGUGACGGGGCACGCCGGUAAGAAUCAUUCCCUUCCCUGCCGUAGUCGACCUGACAGCAAGCCACGUCCUGCCCUCAAGGACUUUAACUGGUACCUUGGUAAGAGUGAAAUUCCGCAUAGCCGGCGAAUUACCGUGGACCAGUUAGGUAAUCUUCACUUUUUACCGCUCACUGUGAAUGACUCGGCGAAGGACAACGCCAUGUACAACUGCUCCGUAUUUAACGCUGAAAGUCGAUCCCGAGUUUACGGCAGCCCUACUAAGCUGACAGUGAUAUCAGGCGAAAAGCCACAGCCGCGUUCGCCAAGUCUUGUGUAUUACACUGAAAGCGCUACACUUAAUGCCGGGGACUGGCUAGAGCUUCAGUGCAUUGCGGAUGGCCUCCCUCAACCGGAAGUGACGUGGAUUCCCCCUGGUGGCAGCCUCAGUAACAGACAUAAGGUGGACAGGUCGCUGUACUCAUUGUCAGUGCGGAAGGUCAAAAAAAGUGACGAGGGAAUAUACGCCUGUAAGGCGAAGAAUUCCGGGGGUGAGGUCAAGCAGACGAUUCAGGUGACCGUCACUGAGGAGCUGAUUUCACAUAUCGAUCCAAUGAUGAUGGUACUGCCGGAGGGGAGCACUCAGGAGUUCCAGUGUGUUGUGAACGAGGCUGAUGCCGACAUCGCAUGGUUCAUUAAUGACAAACCCGUCGGAGAGGACAAAAGAAUCAACGAGUCCAGGACACACUAG